AUGUAUCCGUUCCGUACACAAUCUACAGGCCCGCCCGUAGAAUAUAUACUACCGUAUGAUGAUGAUCUCGAUGUAUUAAUGCCUGAACAUGAUCGUUCACGUCUGAUAGAAAUCAUGAAUUCAACUAAAAAAGGUAAACGUAGUUGGGCAGUCUUCGCACGUGGUCGUGCUAGUUCAACGAAAUUUUAUUUUCGUGAAUCAACACGAGCUGGCGACUGGAAUUGGAACUGGCCAUUUAUCGAUGUUUUUGGAUAUAGUGAAAAUUCUACUCACAUUUGGUUUGAGGCACCAGUUAAUAAAAACUAUAUUUUUCCUUUAAUUUUGAGGCCAACUGCAUCUCUAUGGUUAUGGUCACCACGAAGUAUUUUUGGAUAUUAUCGAUCAUUGCAAAAAUACUAUCGCCUUUACAAUAAAUCAUCCUCUUUUGAUCAAGAAUGUUUUCAACAACGUUAUUCUCAUCGAUAUGAAAGGCAAAAACAUGAAUUUAAAGUUGUUAAUUGUACUCAGUUGCACAACACCUAUCGAUAUAUUCGACGAACGUGUAAUGAGACAAGAUGUCUUGAACAUUUGAUGAUUAAUAAUGCACUGUUGUAUACAUUGAAUAUAGAUAAAGAUCCUUUUGCAGAUGAUUUUCCUUCUAGGGAUGCUGACUGGGAUGAUAUUGUCGAGGAAUUAGUGUAA